UGGGGACAUGUGACCGACUGCAGAGGCCGCGCGCUGCAUCCCCGGCCCGGUCGCGCUGCUGCGCAGGACGCGGGGAGGCGCGCGCCGAGGCCUGGGAGCACCGCCCGGGAGCACCGCGGGGCGCGCGAGCAGCCGCACAGCCGGACGGCCGGGGCGGGGUCCCCGCGGGGUCCCCAGCUUCGCGCAGAAACGAAACCGAAAGAGGGGAUCGAGGGAGGCGGAGCCGCGCCGGCGCCACCCAGCCCUGCGGGGCCCGGACCCGGGCGCGGCCAGGUGUGCAGCGGCCACCAUGGCUCAGGACGGCGUGGAGUUGGAGAAGAGCGUCAGGCGCCUCCGGGAGAAGUUUCAUGGAAAAGUGUCCCCCAAGAAGGCAGGGGCUCUUAUGAGGAAGUUUGGCAGCGACCACACCGGAGUAGGGCGCUCUAUCGUGUACGGUGUCAAGCAGAAAGAUGGACAAGAGCUGAGCAACGAUUUGGACGCUCAGGACCCGCCGGAGGACAUGAAGCAAGACCGAGAUAUCCAGGCAGUGGCCACCUCUCUGUUGCCCCUGACAGAAGCCAAUCUUCGAAUGUUCCAAAGAGCCCAAGACGACCUGAUCCCUGCCGUGGACCGACAGUUUGCCUGCUCCUCCUGUGACCACGUGUGGUGGCGCCGUGUGCCCCAGAGGAAGGAGGUGUCAAGGUGUCGCAAGUGUCGGAAACGUUACGACCCAGUGCCGGCCGAUAAGAUGUGGGGCCUGGCCGAGUUCCACUGCCCAAAGUGUCGACACAACUUCCGGGGCUGGGCACAGAUGGGGUCCCCAUCACCCUGCUACGGGUGCGGCUUCCCUGUGUACCCCACUCGGAUCCUGCCCCCACGCUGGGACCGUGACCUGGAUCGGCGCAGCACACACACCCACUCCUGCUCAGCCGCAGAUUGCUACAAUCGGAGAGAGCCCCAUGUGCCUGGGACUUCCUGUGCCCACCCCAAAAGCCGUAAGCAGAACCACCUCCCCAGAGUGCUGCACCCCAGCAACCCCCACAUCAGCAGCGGCUCCACGGUGGCCACGUGCCUGAGCCAAGGCGGCCUCCUGGAUGACCUGGACCAUCUCAUCCUGGAAGACCUGAAGGAGGAGGAGGAGGACGAGGAGGAUGGUGGGCCCCGAGAGUGACCCUGACCGGACGCACACAGGAACGACAGACACGAUGGUUUAUCCCAGGUGGACUGGCACACACCUGUAAUCUCAACAUGUGGGAGCCGAAGGAAGAGGGUCUAGAGUUUCAGACCAGCCUGGGCUCCACAGUGAGGUCGUAUCUCAAACGUGGACUAGGAUAUAGCUCAAUGGUAGUGUGCUUAGAUUGCGGGGCAGGGAGAAGGGGGAGCAGCUCUGUCGUCGUCCCCCCCCAACCGAAAGAAGCUUAGCUUUCACUCAGCCCUUCUCACAGUGCAAGGUCCCUAGGUCUUAGUCAGCAGAGAAGGAAUCGGGGCUCCCUGCACCCUUGGCUUCCUUAUGCUGAAGAACUUACCUUAGGGCACCCUGCAGCCCAGGCUGGCCUUGAACUCCCGCCCCUCUGCCUCCAUUUGCUAGAGCUGGGACUCCAGGCCUGUGCCACCACACCCAGCUCACCAGAGGGAAACCUGGCACUUAGGUUUAGUGUAGGCACCCACAGAGGCUAGAAGUAUGGAAUCCCCUGGGACUAGAGCUACCCAGUGAGGGUGCUGAGAACCGAACCCUGGAGGAAUAGGUUUGUGCUUUCAACUGCUGAGCCAUCUGCACCUCUCAGAAGGGAAAAUUUGACUUUACCGCUUUUCACCCUAACCAGAUUAGCAAUCCCAUUUUGCUGCCCUCCCACCAGAAUGAAAGUUCUCCCUACCAGAAUAGGAGUCUCGGUCCCUGUCCACAGUACUGAAAGGUUUGUCGUUGUGCCAGGAGAGGGAAUCUCCGGCAUCGCCGUGGUACUGGCCAAGCCGCAGACGGUAGUGGUCACUCUCAGGCUCCAAGGAGAAGCUGUCAUAGUGGGCGCGUGCCCCACGGCCGCCCCAGUCCUCUAGGAGUACCAGCAGCUCAUGGUCCCCACGGCUGGUCACCUGAUGCACGGGUUCCAAGCCCAGCCAGUAUUCCCCGUCCGGCCGCCCAAAGCCCGCCUGGAAGGGCCGGAGGAACAGGAGGUCAGGAUGGGGUAUCCUCAGCCAGCCUCCGGCACCCCCGCCACAAGCACCCACCUUGUAGUGCUGCCAGUUGGUGAAGAAAUUGACUGAGCCAUCUUGCCGCCGCUGGAUAACGGUCCAGCCUCCGCCUUCCCGCUGCUGCUCACACCACACAGAUACCAGGCGCCGGCCCAGCCGCAGCUCAUACACUCCGCUCUGCCUGUGACCUGCCCCGUGAGCCUCUGCGCAGUCCUUCCAUGGACCUGUGACAAGGUACAGCCUGAGCCAAGCAGGCCCUUGCUGGAUCAGGGCCCCGACUCACCAGUUCCCUUUCCCAGAUAAAAGCCAUUUUCUGUCUCCCUCUGAGGAACAGACAUUUCUUACCGUUUCUUCUCUCAAAAGUCAUGGUCCUAUGAGCCAACUCCUCACCAAAGCAGAGUCCUAACCCGCAUGCCCUCAUAGAAUACGUACCCAUGCCUAUUUUCUCUUCUUCCAAUUUCUCACUAUAUUAGGAGGACUGAUGGGGGCUGGAGAAGUGGCUCAAUGGUUAAGAGCACUGGCUGCUCUUCCAGAGAACCCAGUUUCAAUUCCCAGCACCCACGUGGCAUCUCACAACUGUCUGUGACUCCGAGAUCUGACACCUUGACACAGACAUACGUGCAGACAAAACAC